AAAAACCUCUGAGGCUCUAAGCUCUUAAUAUUCAUUAUUUCCUGUCUUUGAUUGACAUGAGUUCUUCAUGUACUUUUUAUUUUUCAUUUACGACUUUGGAAUUUUUGAUAUGUAAAAAAGUUACCCAUUGAACAACUAGGAAAGAGAAGUAAGCUGUUGAAAACAACCUUGAACAGCUGGUUUUGGGGCUUAAUCUUUCACACCCAUUUGCCAUUUGGGCCAGGUUCACUGAUUUGGACCAAUACUAGACACAUUUCGUGGUGUAUUUCUUUCAUUCAACAUGAUAAGCUUUCAAUAAUCUGAUAAUGGGUUAAAUUCAUACGAGCUUAUUUCGCUUCCAAAGGCUAUACACUCCAAUUUGUAUUCGUUUGGCAUGGUUGAAUUUGGUUGAUUGUGGAAUCAGUAUUAGUGAUUUCUUAAUUUGUAUUCUGUGAUAUGUUCAUGAAAUUUAUGUUGGAUUCAGGUUAUGGGAUUUUUAGAGAAAAUUUCAUAGUCUAGCUGUGUGUGUUAGUUCAAAUAUGCAUCUAGGGAGGGGUGACUUGGCAUGGUUUGCUGAAUACAUCCUCUCAUGCUUUGGUUCCUUUAUGUGAAGGGCUUUUGUGCAUUGUGUUUGACUCUGGAAAAUGUAAUUAUUGUCAUUUGAAGACAUUGAUUGACUGCAAAUAAUUGAAAAUUCUUAUAGGAAGCCCCAUAUUUAUGAUAUAAUCUACUUGGUUAUGAUAUGUCAGCCAAUUUGCCAUUUGUCUUAACACCAAUCACAUACUUAUUUACUUAUAUACUACAAUCCAAUGCAAGCCCUCGCCAAAACCAAAAAACUUGAAUUCUGGAAUACUUUAAUUUGGCAAUAUAAGAAAUCAUUUUCUCCAUCUCCAACUCCAUGUUGUAAAUUCAACAAUACUAGGACUACAACAAACUACACAACUUUUGCCACAACUCUCCAUGUGGUGAGUUGUGACUUGUAAGUAGUGGAGGUGUGAGCCCACCACUUUAUCUCCACCACUCACAACUCAUCACGUGACAAGUCAUGACAAAAGUUGUAUAAUUUGCUGUCGUCCUAGCAUUUUUCUUAUAAAUUUCAUUUUGGAAAAUUAUGUUGCUCUGAUGUAAAGUAUAUCAAGAAAUCAUUUUCUCCAUCUCCAACUCCAUGUUGUAAAUUCAACAAUGCUAGGACUACAACAAACUACACAACUUUUGCCACAACUCACCAUGUGGUGAGUUGUGACUUGUGAGUAGUGGAGGUGUGAACCGACCACUUUAUCUCCACCACUCACAACUCGUCACGUGGCAAGUCAUGGCAAAAGUUGUAUAAUUUGCUGUCGUCCUAGCAUUUUUCUUAUAAAUUUUAUUUUGGAAAAUUAUGUUGCUCUGAUGUAAAGUAUAUCAAGAAAGGGGGUGAAUAACCAAUUUUUCCAGCUGAAGAUAAACCAACCCCCUUAAUAAAGAAUUAAGAAACUAGACUAGCAGAUGAGAAAUUAAGCAUUUUUUUUAGUUCUGUUGGGGUUUCUGACCAUGAAACUAUUUGUUCCUUUUAUUUAUUUCAAUACAAGGGACAACAUUGAGAAAUCCCAACUGUGACUUAUUUUUCUCCCAACUGUUACUUAUCAAAGAAAUUAAGAAAUCCCAGAGUGUCAUGUCAUUGCUUCAAUAGGGAUAAGGAUUGUUGUACAUGAUCAAGAUGUUCUUUAAUUGUUACAGGAGUUACUGAAGUUAUUUAACCUGUCUCCACAUAGAUUUAGAAUCACUAAUUUUGUUGGUGGUAUAAAGAUGGAAGCAGAGAACGAAAUUAGGAGGGAAAAAUAUGUGGCUGAUAUUUCCUCCAUAAGAGAGGCUGAAGUACGCAUCAAGUCAUUCAUUCACAAAACUCCAGUUCUUUCCUCUGAAUCUCUGAAUGCUGUUUCAGGGAGACAGUUAUUUUUUAAAUGUGAAUGUUUCCAAAAGGGGUGAGAUACUAAACUAUUGUAAAUGUGGAGCUUUCAAAUUCAGAGGUGCCUGCAAUGCUGUUUUUUCUCUUGAUAAUGAUGAAGCUGCUAAAGGGGUAGUAACACACAGCAGUGGUAACCAUGCUGCAGCAUUGUCUUUGGCUGCGAAACUACGGGGAAUCCCUGCGUAUAUUGUUAUUCCAAAUGGUGCUCCAAAAUGCAAAGUUGAGAAUGUCAUACGUUACGGUGGUCAGGUUAUCUGGAGUGAAGCCACAAUGCAGUCAAGGGAGAGUGUUGCAAGUAAGGUGUUGCAAGAAACUGGUGCAGUUCUUGUACAUCCAUAUAAUGAUGGGCGCAUUAUAAGUGGGCAGGGUACCAUAUCAUUGGAGUUUCUGGAGCAAACCCCUCAAAUAGACACUCUAAUAGUUCCAAUAAGUGGAGGUGGUUUGAUAUCAGGGGUGGCAUUGGCUGCCAAGUCCAUCAACCCUGCCAUUCGAGUUUUGGCUGCAGAACCUAGGGGAGCUGAUGAUGCAGCUCGAUCCAAAGCAGCUGGCAGGAUAAUAACAUUGCCUGAGACCAACACUGUAGCUGAUGGGCUUCGAGCUUUUCUUGGCGAUUUUACCUGGCCCAUAGUGCGAGAUCUUGUUGAAGACAUCAUAACUGUGGAGGACAAUGAGAUAAUAGAAGCCAUGAAACUUUGUUACGAGAUAUUGAAGGUUGUAGUAGAACCUAGUGGAGCGAUAGGCCUUGCCGCUGUUUUAUCUGAUAGUUUCAAGAACAAUCCUGCUUUGAAGAAUUGCAGCAACAUAGGAAUUAUACUUUCAGGAGGUAAUGUUGAUCUGGGAAGACUAUGGGAUUCAUAUAGAAAAUGAAAGUCAUAUUCUAAUUUGGACUAACUCUUUCCCUAGAAACUUAUGUUUACCCUCUUGAUGAUGUAAUGAAAUUUAUGUUAACUUGUUAUGUAAUAUGUACUAUACACACCGGUGUCAUGAAAUAACCUCUGCAUUUACUUUC